GUGACAGGAAGGAAGGGCGGUUCCACAAUAGGUCUAGUCAUGCCCUUUUUAUUACGUUGACAGUGCAUGGAUUACUCACUUAAGAUAUGUUUUACCAAGAUCUUGAGCCGGAAGAGCGGGAUCAUGCGCAGGGAGAGGAGCUACGGCCUGAGACGAGGGCGAGAGCCUACUCCUCGGGACCCUCGAGAAGCAAGGGAAGUGCAGCUGUCGAGAGUAAGAGGCCCAAGAGCUGGUCGAGAGGGAGUGACAGCCUUACAGACAUUGAGGAAAAGGACGAAAGUAAAGAGAAAAAUCCAAGGAAGGGAUAUAAUUUAUCAGGAUAUCUGUACAAGCAUCCUAGUUCAAGCAAGAGGCAUGUCCCAGGACUGAGGGGCAUGACAGGGUCUUCCAUCAAGAAGCGUUGGUUUGUUUAUUCGGAUCGUGUGUGUAAAUUGUACUAUUAUAAGCAGAAGAAUGAUUCUGAACCCAUCGGCACAAUUGAUAUUGCUCUGGCAACGUUCUUCUUUGAUCCGGAGUCGAAAAAUGAAGGGCUCUUCACAAUCAGAUGUGCAAAUGAUGAAUGGGUAUUAGAAGCAUCUUCAGCUCAGGGAAGAAUGUAUUGGAUCCAGCAGUUGCAAGCUGCGAGGAGAGAAUUUAGCCAAAGACGCACAACAGCUGCUACUUGCCGUUCCCCUAAUGCUAGUCAACCAGAAAUGGGCUUGCUCCACGACAACCAGCUGAAGAACCCAGAUCCCCCUCCAGACCCUCACUCAGACCUAAUGAAGCCCGUGUCCAAACCAAGUGAUACGGAGAAGGACAGUCUACCCCCCAAGCACCCGUCUGCCCUCUUGGAUGCACGGCUCGCUCUUUCCAAUCUCCUGCCAAAUACUCAGAAAAAGAUAUUUAGGACAAAUAGUGAAUCCCCCAAAUCCCCAACAAGCCCCCUGGCAGUGCGUCACAGCCCAGUAAGUUCUCCCUCAGAAGACCUGAGCUUUGGUAACUUAGGGAAGAGGCUGCGAAGUUCAAUAAAAGCUCGGCGCUCGACAUCCUUUGAGGGCAAAGAUGGGAAUGAUAUUGCUAACCUUCAUAAUGCCAGAGUUGUAUGUAGGAAAUGUGAAGAGCUUCAGGGAAAAUUGAAUUCAGCAAAAGAGGACUUAGUUGCAACACAAGAUGAAUACCAAGCAUCGCGUGAAGUUAUUGAUCUCCUACAGAAAGAACUUGAUGCAAUACAACAAGAGAAAGCAACUCUCAUUACUUUAGACAGAAGUGACUUGACAGACACCCACGUCCUAGAGAUUCUUCGUGGCAAGGACCACCACAUCGUCAACCUGGAACACGAGAACCAAAAGCUCACCAAUGAUAUUGCCAAGCUCAAUGAACAGCUCUCUGAUGCUCAGUCUCACAAUGAACACCUCAGUGAAAAGUUGUCUAUGUUGUACUGUCUCAUAGAGGCAAAGGACAAAGCCAUAGUGAACCUGACUCAUCAAGUGGAUGAAAAUACCUCAAAUGUCCGUCCAGUGUCACUCCCUCCAAGUUUAACUUUUACCAACCAUGAGACAACCACAAGGGGCACACAGACAUCUUCACAGCAAGAAGAUGCACUCAAAGAUGCACUAGAAGCCUAUCGAUGCCAGAACACUUUCUUAAACAAGGAGAUUCUCGAGCUCAAUCUUCUGAGGAAACACUGUUCAGAGAGAGAGCAGAAGCUGAUCACUGAAUCUAGUGAAUGGGAAGCCAAAUUCUACCAGAUCCAGAGCAAGUACCUUCUGCUGCUAAAUGAACUUCACUCACCCCAAACCAGCCAGCACGACCCGUCCAUUGUUUCCCAGCUGCUGCAAGACGUAGUGGAAGCACAUGGUUCCCCUGACCUUAGGGUGAUACACAACAAAGGGCGGGAGUAUGAUGAAUAUGGAUUCUGCAUCACAGCCCCGGGUGAAGGAAGCUUGCAGUCAAGAGCGAACUAUCUCCAAAAGCAAUCUCAGGCCUUAGCCAACCAAGUUCAGCAAAAUGGGAGCUCAUGGGAAGAGAGAUGGGAGAGUUUCUUGGCAGGUACAAGUGCAAAGGAGCUGCCAUCAUGUACAGAUCUCAAGUACCUUAUAAGGGGAGGUAUUCCCUAUCAGUAUAAGGUAAGUUUUUUUUUUUUUUUUUUUUUGUCCCUUGUAUUUGUAUUGGAAAUUUUGAUAGGAUAGUUGGGUUUACCAGAGAGUCAUGGUUAUUUUUGACUGUGAUGAAGUACUGCAGAUAUAUUUGUUAGAGUAGAUAGACUAUGUAUAUAUUUUGUUUACAACAUUAAUGAAAUCAGGGAAGUAGGAAGGCCCAUGGAAAAAUUUGCUUUGUGGCUAUAAAUGAAAAUGUUUGUGAUUUAUAAUGUAUUUUUAUUGGUAAU